GUUUUCCUAGUUCAGCAGUAACCCAAAAGACAAAAAGGCAAUAGAUAAUUCUCCUUGUUAUCAACGAAGUUCUGUAUCCUACUUCUGGACCUAAGCGCUCAAACGUCAGAUGGAUCCCUACGACAAACAAGUGGUGCUAAUCACGGGGUGUUCGGCCGGAGGCAUCGGCCACGCUCUGGCCCGCGCGUUUGCCGCCAACAACUGCCUGGUGGUGGCGACGAGCAGGUCCCGGGGUUCAAUGGCAGAUCUAGAGCAGGACCCCAGGUUCUUCCUGCAAGAACUGGAUGUUCUCUCCGACACGAGCGUACAACACGUGCUGUCCAGUGUUCUUGAGAAUUACGGUCGGAUAGAUGUGCUGGUUAACAACGCUGGAGUCCAGUGUGUCGCCCCCCUUGCCGAGAUCCCUCUCUCUGCUCUCCAAGACACUUUCAAUACCAAUGUGUUUGGUUCUAUACGGUUGGUUCAAGCUGUUGCUCCUCAUAUGGCAUCCAGGAGAAAGGGAAAGAUUGUAAAUGUUGGAAGCAUAACUGUUAUGGCUCCUGGACCAUGGUCUGGUGCUUAUACUGCAUCCAAAGCUGCUCUGCAUGCACUGACCGAUACGUUGAGAUUGGAACUCAAACCUUUAGGGAUCGAUGUUGUCAAUGUUGUCCCAGGAGCUGUUACGUCCAACAUAGCAAAUUCAGCCAUAGCCACCUACAACCGGAUGCCUGAGUGGAAAUUAUACAAGCCUUUUGAAGCAGCCAUCCGAGAGAGAGCCUCUUUUUCACAAGGAAUAAAGUCAACCCCUACAGAGGAGUUUGCUAAGAAGACUGUGGCUGCUGUGCUGAAGAAGAAUCCACCGGCCUGGUUCUCCUAUGGCCAUCUCUCCACCAUCGUGGCAAUCAUGCACCAUCUGCCACUCUUUAUUAGAGAUUUUAUCAUAAAGAAAGCCAUGAAAUGUUGAGUUGUAGCUUGUGCUCGUUUCCUGUAUUCAUUUUGUUCAUAUGUAUCUGUUAGCCCCACAGGUACUAAAAAAAUGCACACCCAUGACUGCUCAAGACCUCCUUAAUCGACUUUUAAGAUUUAUGCAUUCUUGACAAUUGAAA